AAGUGAAGUUAACCUGCUACGCGGAAAGGCGGAAGUUAGAUGACGUCAUCGUGAAAAGGGCCUAUUAACGAAAAGGGACCAGGAAUCUCAGCUAGACUGACAGCUGUCUGAUCCAAUCAUUGUUACGUGUGAGACAUAAACCAUGGCGCUUGCCUACGGAGCUGUGAGGGGAACGGCACCUCCUUACCUUCAGGCUCUGAUCCUAAGUUGAACGCACCAAUUUGUAAAUCGCUCUGGAUAAGAGCGUCUGCUAAAUGACGUAAAUGUAAAUAAAGCCCGCCUUUAUUCUGUACACAACCAAUCAGCAUCGGGCAUUGAUGGCUACCCCGUGAGAUCUUAAAGGAGAGUGACGCAGUUUUAUACAUGCCCCACAUUUCUACUAAAUGUACGGGAAUUCAAAUGUCUAAUCUGUAAACGUAUAAUUUCUUAUUUUACGAGAGUAGAUAGUGAUUUAAAAGAAAAACAGAUCAAAUCAUCGGACUGCUCUGUUCGUGACAUGCUAAUGCCGUUUAUGUUGGAGGUUGCUGCUAUCCACCGCGAGGAUUAGAUGCGAUAGCCAGCACGAGAUAUGCCGCAGCCCAAAUCACGAAAAAUCGUCAUCCUCGGCUACAGAUCCGUAGGAAAGUCGUCGCUAACGAUUCAGUUUGUGGAAGGCCAGUUUGUCGACUCCUACGACCCAACAAUAGAAAACACAUUUACCAAGAUGAUCACGAUAAGCGGACAGGAAUACCACCUGCAGUUGGUAGAUACAGCGGGACAGGAUGAAUACUCUAUCUUUCCUCAGACCUAUUCCAUAGAUGUCAACGGUUACAUCCUAGUCUACUCUGUCACGUCUAAUAAAAGUUUUGAAGUAGUUAAGGUUAUCCAUGAAAAACUUCUGGAUAUGGUGGGGAAAUCUCAAGUACCUAUUAUGUUGGUGGGAAAUAAGAACGACCUGCACAUGGAAAGGGUGAUCAGCUGUGAGGAAGGGAAGGCACUAGCAGACUCCUGGAACGCUGCCUUCAUGGAAUCCUCAGCUAAAGAGAACCAGACGGCGGUGGAGGUGUUCAAGAGGAUGAUCCUGGAGGCCGAGAAGCUGGAAGGAGGCGUCCAACCAGGGAAGACUUCCUGCUCCUUGAUGUAGAGCUGCUGAUCAAUCAAAACAGAGAACAGGACACUGCACUGGGAUAUCCCGUUACUUGAAGGCUUCCUGCCAGUUCAACUACUACUUCUCAACUGUCUUCAACUGUCAACUCACCAACAGUUUAUUUGUCAGUAUUUCUGUUUGUUUGUUAUGAAAGGUUGAGUGGCUGUCAUACUGUACAUUUCCCACAAUCCACUUCUCGUCUGUUCUGUGCUCAGCCCUGAUGCAAAACUGAGGCCCUGCCCAGAAAUAACCCCUAGACCCUACACCCUUACCCCCCAAGGCACUUCUAGGGUUUAGGGACUAGGGGCUGUUUCUGUAGUCUUGUUCGACUAUCCUGAUCUUGCAAAAGCACAGCGAUCAGGAUGGUAGAUCAGACUACUGUUUCUCAUAAAGUAUGUAUCAGAAACUAUGACUGGCUUCCUCACGUGGGGCUGCACAGGUGUCCAUUCUGGCUUUAUGGUGGAAUUGUGACUAUGGAAGAUCAGAGAUAUUCCAUGUAAUUUGAUUUCACAUUGAACCUUCUCAUAUUAGAGAUGUCAUGAAGACAAACAAUCCCUUCUAUUGAAUUUAGUUUUUUAUAUGUUUAUUUAAUCAAUGAUUGUUUUGUCCUCACACAGCUCUAUCCAUGGAAUUAGUCCACUGUGCCACCAGCAUGGACCUAGCAUGCAAUGUUUUGUUUCACUCAUACAAAGCUCUUCGUUUUAGUCUAUUCAAACAGACCCCAUUUCAAAGGAAACAAGCACUCAUUAAGAUCAGGUGUGGUUAAUUAGUGGGUGUAGCCAACACACCUGAACACACUUAACAAGAUACAGGAUAGAGAGAGUUUUGUUGACGCUGAGAACAGAAUUUAUAUGUUUUUAAAAUAACAAUCUUAGAACAUUCUCUGAAUGUUACUAAAGUUUUCUGUAUUUUUUUAAUGGACCUUUUGGAACAAUUUGAGAACAUGACUUUAAAUAAAAACCAUGAGGAAAACU